AUCACUAGUUUGUAAAGAAUUUUUAAGAUGCAUUAAAGAGACUUUGGCCCAUUAAACGUUGCCUAGGUUCAUUUCAUACAAAUCGUGUAUGUUUGGAGUUCUGUUGUGAUCACCCAUCACACUAUGUUUUCUGUUCCACAAAAUGACAAAACCAAGCAAUCUUUUGUAUCAAAGAUGAUGUAAACUGUUCCCAAAAUAUACAAAUUUUCAAAUUGUAAGUUGCAUCAGUUUGUUAGUAUGGUGAAUAGAUGCUUUAACUUCAUAAAACCAUUAUCAAAAUGGAAAAUUGUUUGCUUUUCAACACAUUCUUUACCAAAUCUUGAUCUUUUUUGUCAUUUUUCUUCACAAACACCCACCAAGAUUCCAAACCCACAUGGCGGAAGUUACUCAAAGAAAGAGCAAACUCUUCUUUCUAUGUUCAAGAAAGCUUGCACCAAGAAAGACAUUGAACAACUCCAUGCUCAUGUGGUUCAAACUGGUUUUACUCAAAACCUGUUUGUUGUGGGUAAGAUUAUCGUGUCUUGUGCUGUAUCAAACGAGGGUUCUAUGGAUUAUGCUAUUUCCGUAUUCGAAAAGAUUGAGAACCCAGAUGGGUUUCUUUGGAACACGAUGAUUAGAGGGUUUGCGAGGAUGAAUCAAGUAGAUAAAACGUUCUGUUAUUAUAAGAAAAUGCUCGACCAUGGAGGUGUUGCUGACAAUUUCACUCUUUCGUUCUUGCUUAAAGCUAGUGGUCAAUCUGGAUCUGUUUUACUGGGGAAACAGAUUCAUACCAGUGUCAUAAAACACGGCCUUGAAAAUCAUGUUUUUGUCCGGAACACCUUGAUUCACAUGUACGGAACACUAAAAAACGUUCACGUUGCACGCCAGUUGUUCGAUGAAAUGCCUAAACCAGACUUAGUCGCUUGGAACACCAUAAUUGAUUGCCAUGUUUGUUGCGGGAAACACAAAGAAGCACUUGACUUGUUUUCCCGUAUGCAAGAAGCCCACAUAAAACCUGAUGAUGCCACCCUCGUUGUCAUCCUAUCAGCCUGUGCCACACUAGGGGCAUUAGACCUCGGGACAUGGGUUCAUUCCAUUAUCAAUACUCGUUUAUUAAUGAACGAUAUAUCAAUCGUGAACUCAUUGAUUCAUAUGUACACAAGAUGUGGAGAACUUGAAGAAGCACAAACGAUCUUCACUAAAACAAACAAUAAAAACAUAGUAACAUGGAACACAAUGAUAUUAGGGUUCGCAACACAUGGUCAUGUCCAAGAAGCAAUAAACAUAUUUUCUUUAAUGAUAAACAAAAAACUCGCACUACCAAAUGAUGUAACUUUCUUAGGCGUCCUAACUGCUUGCAGCCAUGGAGGAAUGGUCGAAAAAGGAAGACAAAUUUUCAAUAAAAUGAUCAAAGAAUACCACAUAACCCCAACAAUAAAGCAUUAUGGGUGCAUGGUUGACAUGUUAUGUAGAGCUGGACUAGUCGUUGAAGCUUACGAAUUAGUUCAAAAUAUGCCGAUGGAAUGCAAUUCCAUCAUCUGGAGGACAAUUUUAGCCGGUUCCCGAGUUCACGGGAAUGUGAAAUUAGCCGAGAUUGUGAGACGGAAUCUUUUGGAAGUCGAAGAUCAUAGUAGUGACUAUGUUCUUCUUGCUAAUACUUAUGCAAGUUUAGAAGAUUGGAAUCAAGUAUCGAGAGUAAGACAAUUGAUGAUAGAUAAUGGAGUUCAAAAACCGAGCCCCGGUAAUAGUUUUCAUAUCCACAAUGGGAAUGGAAUCGGUUUAUUUUGUUAUGAAAGGUGAAAACAACACAAAGUUUUUAUACAAAUCGAUAUCUUUGUUUAUUUUGUUAUGAACGGUGAAAACGGCACAAAGUUUUGAUAGAAAACGAUAUCUUUAGUAUGUUGCAUAGGUUUUCAUUACUUAAAGACAUAUAAUUUAUGAAAUUUUCUUUUGCUUCUUGUCCUUCCA